UCCCUUUAUGUCAUUGUAUUUUAUCGGAAUGUUGUAAUCCCAUCACAUACGAAAUCAAAAGAAGCUCAAAAGGUUUUAAUUGUGGUCCUGGUGAUGGGAGCUUAGGAGCGUACAAAGGCGAAAUAAAGCACAAUUCAUGUCAGCAUAAACAUCGAAAUUGGCGUGAGCUUUAUUUUUAACCUCCUCGGACCAGGACACAAUUCACACUCUUUAUUUCGCUUUUAUGGAUUGGCGAAUAACCAGAGUCUUGCCGCAUUACAAGUUUUAAUAUUUUAAAAGCCUCGUGUGAGUAAUGCCUGAAAGCUGUGGCUAGUAACAAGUAAGCGAUUUGAGAGCGCGCGGUUUGUAUGUACAUGCGCUAAAUUCCUUCAAGAUCGGAUGAAAUUGAAUCGAAAUUGAUCGGAGCACGUGCCAUAAAGCAAGUAAGCUGCAGGUCGAGGUGUGGCUGUGAGCAAACAAGGAAGCUCAUUUGGUAAGUGUCUUAAAGAACUGAUUGGGUGAGAGUUAAUAGUUAGUGGUGUGCGUCGUAGUGUGGUAUAGAACAUAACCUAGGGAAAUCGCGCCAAAAUUGUAAAAUGCGCGGCUAAAAAUUUCUUUCGAAUAUUCGUGGCGACCAUUUUGUAUCAUGCCGACAACACGUUCCGGGGCUAGUAAAGAGGCUAGUGCGAAUGAAGGAGAUAGCGAUAACGAAGAGUUUGAAGAAACGAUUCCUCAGCAGCCUACAGCAAAUAUGACUGGGCAACAAUCGCUCGAAAUUCGGCUAACUGAGAUUUUGCGGCAAGUUCAAAGCAUUCAAGAAGAGCUUCGGCAAAGUACGCAGGUACAGGCGAAUGCGGCUAAUGAUAACGGAAUUAUUACAACAGCAUCCAGCGUAGUAGGUCAUUCGCAAAGUAGUUCACAACUAGGAUUAACACUCAAGCUAUAUGAUUUGCCAGAGUUUGAAGGGCGUCCAGAGAACUGGCCCAUGUUUAGAGAAACUUUUUUAAUGACCACUGCAGAGUACCAAUAUACUGAUACACAGAAUAUGAUUCGGUUACAAAAGGCAGUUAAAGGAAAGGCUAGGGAAACUAUCGAGUGUCUGUUAAUCCAUAGUAGGAACGUGUCGCAAAUUAUGAAGGUUUUGCAGGAGCGUUUUGGGAAGCCGGAACUGCUGGUAAAGAGUCAGAUAAAUAAAAUAAGAAAUGUUGCGCCGAUAUCAGAAAGUUGCAUCGAACAGCUUGUGGGAUUUGCGACUAAGGUGCAAAAUCUGUCUUCGUUCCUGCAGGCAGCUGAUUGCGACCACCACUUGUCUAAUCCGACGCUAAUGGAAGAACUCCUGUUGAAGCUUCCCAUACAGAGACGCAUCGAAUGGGCACGUUACGCUUCGUCAAUUGUACCGCGACCAACAAUCUGCCAUUUUAGUGAUUGGUUACAGGAGUUGUCAUCAAUUGUGAACUCGGCCUGCGUGUAUUUACUCUAGCUUAGAACCGCGACAAAAUAGACCCGAAGGGCGUUCAAGAUUUUUCCACGCCAACGAGGCUAGUGGUGAAAAUUCUGGGCGAAUCAGGUGUGAGUCAUGCGCAGAUAGGCACACGAUUACUAAGUGCAGAAUAUUCCUGAACAUGGAGCACGGGGAUAGAUGGCGCCUAGUUCGUCGCAAAAAGCUCUGUUUUAAUUGCCUAAAGGGAAGUCAUCGCAGCAACAACUGUGGUGAAGAAUAUGAGUGCGGU